AUGUUCCAGUUUUCCUCAAGUUUACACUUUGCCUCAGUACGGCUUUUCCGUUUCUUACGCGUAGCUGUCGGGUUGACACUUAUAGUUCUUGCAGUUUUCUAUAGUUUUGUUAUAACUUCAACCUUUAUCAACGAUAGAUACAGACAGCAUUUCUUUGAAACAAAAUACAUAGAUCCUCACAAGGAUCUCAGCAUAUUCGUCACCAACAGCAAGCGACUAAAAGCUGUGAUCGUUAUACUGGUCAGGAACAGCGAACUAGAACAAUUAUUACCUACUCUUAGACAGUUAGAGGAGCGCUGGAAUAAGAAAUACAAUUAUCCAUACGUCUAUCUAAAUGACGUAGUUUUCACUUCAGAAUUUAUAGAAAAGACCUCCGCCGUAACAAAUGCUAAAACAUAUCACGAUAUAAUUCCUUCGGAGAUGUGGAGCUAUCCAUCAUGGAUUGACCAGACAAAAGCGGCGAGGUCACGUGCGCGGAUGCAAAAUGAUCACGUACCAUACGGAGGAUUAGAGUCAUAUUAUCACAUGUGUCGUUUUAAUUCUGGAUUUUUCUUUCGCCAUCCCCUUCUGAAAGAGUAUGACUAUUACUGGCGCGUUGAGCCGGGAGUUGAAUUCAAUUGUAAUAUCGACUAUGAUCCAUUCGCCUUCAUACAAAAAAAUAACAUUUCAUACGGGUUCACAAUAUCACUGAAAGAGCGCGCAAAUACCAUUCCGACGCUAUGGCAAAAUACCAAGCAAUUCAUCAAAGAUCAUCCACAAUUCAUUUCACCUCGCAAUUCCGCAAAAUUAAUAUCGGACAACGAUAUGGAGACCUAUAAUUUGAGCGAAGCAUAUCUAAAAUUCUUUGAGUAUUUAGAUAAAGCCGGAGGUUUCUUCUACGAACGAUGGGGAGACGCGCCGAUCCAUUCUAUCGCGGCUGCUCUCUUCCUAGAGAAAACCAACAUACAUUUCUUUAACGAUAUCGCCUAUAAACACAGAGAACUUCAGCACUGUCCACCAGAACAAGAAAUUCACGAGUCUGGCAAAUGUCAAUGUGAUCCUAAAAACAAUUUUGGUAAUAAACAUUUAUUAAGUGUAGACUAA